AUGCCCAUCAAGGUCGGUAUCAACGGCUUCGGCCGCAUUGGCCGCAUGGUCUUCCAGGCGCUCUGCGAGAUGGGUCUCCUCGGCACGGAGAUCGAUGUCGUGGCGGUGGUCGACAUGAACACGGACGCCGAGUACUUCGCGUACCAGAUGAAGUACGACACGGUGCACGGCAAGUUCCGCCACACGGUGACGACGGCGAAGAGCAACCCUUCGGUGGCGAAGGACGACAUGCUGGUUGUCAACGGGCACCGCAUCCUGUGCGUGAAGGCCCAGCGCAACCCCGCGGACCUGCCGUGGGGCAAGCUCGGUGUCGACUACGUGAUUGAGUCGACGGGUCUGUUCACGGUCAAGAAGGCGGCGGAGGGCCACCUGCGCGGUGGCGCUAAGAAGGUCGUCAUCAGCGCCCCCGCCUCCGGCGGUGCCAAGACGUUCGUGAUGGGCGUCAACCACCACGAGUACAAGCCCAGCGAGCACCACGUGGUGUCGAACGCCUCAUGCACGACGAACUGCCUUGCACCCCUCGUGCACGUCCUGGUGAAGGAGGGCUUCGGUGUGGCGACAGGCCUCAUGACGACGAUCCACUCCUACACGGCGACUCAGAAGACGGUCGACGGUGUGUCGAUCAAGGACUGGCGUGGUGGGCGUGCGGCCGCGAUGAACAUCAUCCCGAGCACGACAGGUGCUGCGAAGGCGGUGGGCAUGGUGAUCCCGAGCACGCAGGGCAAGCUNGAUCAAGGACUGGCGUGGUGGGCGUGCGGCCGCGAUGAACAUCAUCCCGAGCACGACAGGUGCUGCGAAGGCGGUGGGCAUGGUGAUCCCGAGCACGCAGGGCAAGCUGACAGGCAUGUCGUUCCGCGUGCCGACGCCAGACGUGUCGGUGGUGGACCUCACCUUCACCGCGACGCGCGACACGAGCAUCAAGGAGAUCGAUGCCGCCCUUAA